AAGAUAGUUGAGGACUCGAAGUCGGUACUACAACGUAAAACUUUAUGGAACAACAUAGAAACGCUUGGACGAUGAAAUCAUGAAAGCGAAGUAAUUGAAAAUUUUGGAGAUUCCGUUGAUCAUCUCUCCCUAUCUCAGUCACACACAAACACAUUUUUGUGAGAUUUUUCAGGCUCAAUACGGUUUCUACAGAGUCAGAGAUAUCCAAUCGGAAGUGCAUACAAUCUACAGAUUUCUCCGUAUACCAGAUGUUCGACGAAAUGCCUGUUAGAAACCAUCGGGCUGAUCCAAUACAGCAGCAACUUCCCUGAUUGCUUCCGAUUUUGAUGGAUGGAGAGCUUAAUCUGCUACACGUCUUCCCAUCCGUUCCACUGCAGCAGAUUUUCACACGGAGUAACAUUCGCAUCGCGCUCCCGCACCAAAAAACACAACCACAAAAAGCUGCAGCUUCCGAAGAACCUUCGCCAUCGCCGGCACACUGAGGCUCCGCCGGACUUCCACCCUCCGAUUCAUCGCGUCGAGGAUCCCGACGGUUGUGAUGAAAUCGAUGGUAGUGAUAGUUAUGAUGGAAAUAUAUCAUGGGAGCCAGAUGAAAUCGAGGCCAUUUCAUCCCUUUUCCAAGGCAGAGUCCCUCAGAAGCCCGGAAAUUUGGACAGGCAGCGGCCUCUGCCUCUCCCGCUUCCUCACAAGAUUCGACCUUUGGGAGUUCCCACGCCCAAGAAACUGAUUAGAACUCAUGUUGCUGUUUCAAGGCAGCCUGUGUCGAAUCAGAUUUACAAGAACCCGUCUUUCUUGAUCGGUUUAGCCAGGGAGAUCAAGAGCCUCCCCCCUGAUGACAAUGUGUCCACAGUUCUCAACCAAUGGAGCCGGCUUCUCCGAAAAGGGUCGUUGUCGCUGACAGUGAGGGAGUUGGGGCAUAUGGGACUUCCCGGCCGAGCCUUACAUGUGCUCUGCUGGGCUCAGAACCAGCCUCAUCUCUUCCCCGAUGAUCGGACCCUUGCCUCCACGGUUGAGGUCAUGGCAAGGGCGCACGAGUUGAAGAUGCCGUUUGAGUUGGAUAAGUUCCUGAGCUUGGCCAGCCAGAGCGUCUACGAGGCAGUUGUGAGAGGUUUCGUGAGAGGAGGGAACACCAGGCUCGCCUGCAGGCUUCUGUCAGCUGCUAAGAAAAGCAAGAGAGUGUUGAGCCCCAGCGUGUAUGCUAAAGUGAUUCUUGAACUCGGGAAGUGCCCUGAUAAGAGGAUGCUCGCGCUGCCAUUGCUGGAGGAGCUCGCGAGGAGGGAGGAUCUCGUGCUGAGCCAGCAGGACUGCACGGCUAUCAUGAAAGUCUGCACGAGGCUGGGGAAGUUUGACGUUGUGGAGGCGCUGUAUGAUUGGGUGAAGGAGUCCGGUAGGAUUCCCGGUGUGGUGAUGUACACGGCUCUGAUCCACAGCCGGUUUGUGGAGGGUAGGUAUAGGGAUGCAAUGGCUGUUGUCUGGGAGAUGGAGGCCUCGAAUUGCCCGAUUGAUCUCCCAGCGUAUCGCGUAUUGAUGAGGCUUUUUGUUGCUUCCAAUGAUCUGUCGAGGGCUGGGAGAUACUUUGCUAAACUGAAGGAGUGUGGUUUUGCUCCGACGUAUGAUAUUUACAGGGGAGUGAUUGGGAUUUUCAUGGCUUCUGGGAGGCUUGCCAAGUGUAAGGAAAUAUGCCGUGAGGCUGAGAUGGCCGGAUUCAAGAUAGAGAUGGAGAGAAUGAUGUAGUUGAUGUAGAUCUAUUUUGUGAAAUUUUAUGGUGUGAUGUUUUGGAUUUGAAGUGUCUGCCAAUAUGAUUAUAUGAAUUGUAUU